UAAAUAUUUAAGGUACGCGGAGACGGCUGUAUGGGCUCCAAAAUGAACGCGAGCAAGUCAUGGUUCAUUGAUCGGUCGGUCGGUCGGUCGGAAAUCCAACCGAAGUCUUUCCCGCGUGGGGCAAAUCGGGGUCUAUCUGGGUGUCACCGUGUAGAUUGAUAGGCUAAACAUCUCCGAUGGACAUCUGUUACCCAACGCCAUUUAAUACCCCUGUCAGGAUUAUAGUAAUUUAGCUAUCACUCUCCAGGUCCAUUACUUUUUCUUCCUCGUGCGUGCUCGCUCACCAGCUGCCAUAACUAAGUAAUGCCCGCAUUCUCGCGACUCGUCCGUUUCCUUGCCAGAGAUGGCAAGGUAUACUACGGAGAUGCCAUAUUGCCCAAGGGCGUCACAAAUAUUGCUCAGACGAAGAAGGCUAAAGUUAUCACUGGCGACAUCUUCGGGAAGCAUGAGGUUACAGAGAACGUGGCCGACGUAAGGCUGCUAUUAGCGCCCUUGGCUCCUGAAGACGUCAAGACUGUCCGAUGCCUCGGCCUUAACUACGCUCUGCAUGCAAAAGAGUCCGGCCUUCCACUUCCCAAGUAUCCCGUUUUGUUUUACAAGCCAGCUACAGCAUUGGCGGGUCCCACAGAUCGCAUCCCGGUGCCCCUAAUGGCUCAGGAGUCGCUAGGGCUCGACUACGAGUGCGAGCUCGUCGCCAUCAUUGGCAAGACGUGUACAGACGUCUCGGAGUCUGAAGCUUUAGACUAUGUUCUCGGCUACGCCAUUGGUAACGAUGUCUCUCACCGCGACUGGCAAAUUCAGCGCGGCGGUGGCCAAUGGUCAAUGGGCAAGGGUUUUGAUGGUUGGGCACCUUACGGUCCUGGUAUUGUCAGCAGUAAAAUAGUCAAAGACCCUCACACGUUGAAGAUUAGCACACGUUUGAAUGGCAAAACCGUGCAGGAGAGCAACACGGGUGACAUGAUAUUCAAUGUCAAGCAAACAAUUGCGUUUCUCAGCAAGGGUCACACCCUCCAGCCUGGCGAUCUAAUUUGGACCGGUACCCCGUCCGGUGUUGGAAUGGGAAGGCAGCCGCAGCUAUGGAUGAAGGAUGGUGAUGUCGUCGAGGUCGAAUUAGAGGGCGUCGGUGUGUGUACUAACAAGGUCGAAUUUGUUAAGGAUAGUGCCAAGCUAUGAACUUACUAAACACCGUUUGGUUUCGGGAGGGCGGACUGGUGAUGAUAUCUAAAAUUGCCCGGGAAAGAAUCCAUUG